GUAAAUAUUUGAUCGGGUUCGAAAUUCAGGGUUAAAAACCAACAGCGGAAGUUAAUGGGGAGCUCGAAGUGAGAAGUGGGAGUUAACGAACAUCUAAAUGAAGUUAUUGUUUGUGUAAAUCAAACGAAACAGAGAUGGAGGGACUUCUUAAUAAGUACACUAAUGUGAUGAAGGGCUGGCAGUAUCGUUGGUUCGUGAUGGAUGCUGACUCAGGGAUGCUCGAGUAUUUUGAGAAGGAGGAACACAAAAAGCAGAGACCCAGAGGAUAUGUCCAUCUAGCGGGUGCAGUGAUUUCCCCCUCAGAUGAGGACUCCCAGACUUUCUCCGUCAGUGCUGCCAAUGGAGAAAUCUAUCGGCUCAAAGCUAGUAGUACUAAAGAAAGACAACUCUGGAUAGACAAACUACGGACCACUGCCGAGUUUCACACAAAUCACAUGACCAGUGGCGGUCAACAGUCUGUCCGUCGUGAGUCUAGGUCGUCCUCCCUGUUAAAGACAUUGACAGACGUAGCACCGCCCAAGAAGAAGACAGAGGUGGUGCCCCACGAGGUCCCGGUGAAGUCCCACAAGGCCCCCGCUCCUCGCCCCCACACACUGGACCCGUUCAGGGAGGUCAAGGAGUAUAUCUCGGAGGCCAAUGAGUACGCCGUCCAUCUCGUGGACAAAAUCGAGAGUUUACCUGUGUCGGCUGAACCUAUUGGUGGACUAGAUAAAGACUUGCUGUUACUGAAGGCCACGUCGACUGCCACCCUCAGCAGCCUGGGUCAGUGUCUGAGGAUGCUCCAGCACCAACAGGGUGGAGCGUCGUAUGACUGGCAUGAAUCCCUCACAAGUCAAAGGCACGUCUCCAUCGGCGGUAGCGUGGAGGACCGCCCCUCCCGGAACGGCAGCUUCUCCUCAGUCACUUCCGCCCCAGGACCGAUCGUGUUCCCGGAGGAGAAACCAGAAGGACCAAUUAAUCACACUGAUGAGGAGGAGGAUGAGAAAGGUUACACAGAUGAUGAUCUGGAAGGGGUGGAGGAACACAAGACAAUCAUCCUACAUCUUCUGUCACAGCUCAAACUGGGAAUGGACCUCACUAAAGUGGUGCUUCCUACCUUUAUUUUGGAGAGACGGUCCCUCCUGGAAAUGUUUGCGGACUGUAUGGCUCACCCCGACAUGUUUCUGAAAAUCCCUGAUCUACCUGACCCUGAGUCCAGGAUGCUGGCCGUGAUCGAGUGGUACCUGACCUCAUUCCAUGCAGCCAGACAGGGAUCUGUUGCCAAAAAGCCCUACAACCCAAUCAUAGGCGAGACAUUCCACUGCUCCUGGAAAGUUCCCAAAAAGUCAAAGAACACUUCCACUAACAACAGUAACGUCGACAGCACGGAGAACGAUGUCAGCCCGCAGCAGCAAUCGGGGGGCACAGACGGGGAAACCAAGCUCUUCUACUGUGCAGAGCAGGUGUCUCACCACCCCCCUAUUUCAGCGUUUUACUUUGAAUGCCCAGAGAAACAGAUGAGUAUGAAUGCCUCGAUCUACACCAAGUCCAGGUUCUACGGCAUGUCCAUAGGAGUCAACCUGAUAGGGAAAGUGUGCCUGCGAUUGUUGGAGCACGGAGAGGAGUAUGUGUUUGGACUCCCCAGCGCCUACGCCCGCUCCAUACUGACCGUGCCUUGGGCAGAAAUGGGGGACAAGAUCUCCAUUACGUGUGCCAAAACAGGUUACUCUGCGGCCAUCACCUUCCACACCAAGCCAUUUUAUGGGGGAAAACUUCACCGAGUGUCAGCGGAGGUAAAGAGGGAGGGGUCAGGGGAGGUGACCUGUCGCGUCCAGGGCGAGUGGAACAGCCUGCUGGAAUUUACCUAUGCAGAUGGAACGAAGAAGGUGAUCGAUGUAAAGGACAUUCCGAUUGGAAAGAAGCGGGUCAGACCGGUCAAGCUUCAGGGCGACUUUGAAUCACGGCGACUGUGGCAGCAUGUCACAAAUGCACUCAAAGUGGGUGAUAUCAACACGGCCUCGGAGCACAAAAGAGUGCUUGAGGAGAGACAGAGAGAGGGAGAGAGACAUCGUAAGGAAUCAGGAACACCAUUCCCUAGCAAGUUCUUCCACAAAGAAGAUGAAGGAUGGAGUUAUAACAACCUACUAAAGAAGGGGGAUACAAAGGGGACACUUUAGAUCAACUCCAGGUGGGGAUAGAAAUAGUGAACCCUUGCACAAUAGAGGAAAAACAUAUAAAGGAGAAACUCUGAGGCACACUGGAAGAGGGGGAGGGACAGUAGCAAGCCUGGGAGGAGGAACUUCUGGCCUGUGAUAUUUAAGUGCUAUAAACACUUUGUGAUAUUCUGUAUUCAGGAAGCAUUCUUUCAUUCUCAUCAUCAAGCAAUACACAUUGUGAUGUGUUCUGAACAAGGCAUUUUAUUUUUGAUUAUUUACACUGUAUAUGCUUUGCAGGAUUUAGAGGAAAUAAAAAUCCGAGAAGGAAAUGA